AUGAUCUCGAAGCCGACCAACGAGAUGAGCGGUGAAACGUACAAGCCAGCGUUCACAGAGCCGCCUGGCACGGUUUUGGCUGGCAUACCUGUGAAGGACCUGAAGUUGACGACGCCAUGGAUGUCGUAUGGCUUACCAUAUGAUCUUGCUGCUGCCAAGCACGUCUCUGAGACGUAUAACGCCUCCAGAGUAUAUAUCAUCGCUUCUGGCACACUUGCACGCAAGACCGACAAGGUCGAUCGACUCAUUAGUGCCAUCGGCAAGGAGAAUGUCGUAGGUCUGCGGAAGGGAAUUACGCCUCACACUCCAUGGACUGAGAUUCUGUCGAUCGCGAAGGAAUGCCGGGAGGCACAAGCAGAUUGUGUGGUCACCUUAGGUGCAGGCAGCACCACGGAUGGCGCAAAAAUCGUUGUCUUAUGCCUGGCGAACGACAUUGAAACUCCUGAGCAGCUUGCAAGGUAUUCCAUCGAGAGCACGAACAUCCCUCAGAAUGUUGCGCAACCUACAGUACCUCUCAUAACGAUUCCGACAAGUCUCUCAGGCGGGGAGUAUUACAGUCUCGCUGGCGGCACUGAUACCACAACAAACCACAAGCAUGGCUUCCUGCAUAGUGGGAUGGGAACUAAGCUUAUCAUUCUCGAUCCUGAUCUGUGCAAGACAACUCCUGAAUACCAUUGGCUCACCACGUCGAAGUCAGAUGCCAAGGCCGAGAAGGGACUUCGUCUGAUCGUGCCGGGCUUGUUGAAGUGCAAAGCAUCGUCAGACGAUGUUGCAGCGCGACAUCAAUGUCAGAUGGCCGUAAACCUCGCAAUGGAUGGCGUUCGUGCCGGCAUACCCAUGGGAGGUAGCCACGCUAUCGGUCACCAGCUAGGACCACUUGGUGUGGCACACGGCAUUACGAGCUGUAUCAUGAAUCCAGCAGUGAUGAAGUAUAACGUCAAGCAUGGGCAGGAUCCAGAGAUCCCGCGAAGGCAGCAAAUGGUUCGCGAUAUCCUUUGGUCAGAGCCUGAGAUUGAGCAGACCUUCAGAGCAGCCGGGCUAAAGCGCGACACCGCAGAUCUCGGUGACUUGAUGGAUUGCAUCAUCCGCGCAGUCGGACUGCCCAGAUCUCUGAGCGAGCUCAACAUUGGAGAAGAGCAGAUCUCAAAGCUGGCUGAAAGGGCGCUUCAUGACCAGUGGAGUCCGACCAAUCCAGUGCCAUUGUUAAAAGCUGAACAGGUGGCGGAGAUACUGCAAGCAGUCUUGUAG